UUUAAGGUCCCAAGUGCCAGAAAACUUUUUCCGUAUAUGACAGACAGUGUUGUCGAUAAACGAGGCAGUGAAUUUUCCUUUCAAGCCAUGCGAUUUUUCCAGGUAUUAGAAGCUGGCAUAAAUCACUUAGGCCAUUUAGACGAUUUCAAUCAAGUUUUAGACAAUUUGGGAAGACGUCAUGGCAAACUAAAGCAAAGUCACGGAUUUCAUCCGUAUUACUGGUCAGUUUUUUUGGAAUGUACCAUAUACCAAAUACGUCUAACCCUGGAAAGAAGUCGGGCCAUCAAGUGGACAGCUUCGGAGUUGGACCGGGUUAUAAUUCUCUGGAGGCAUCUGGUUCAAGGCAUCUGUAAACGAAUUGAGGUUUCAGUUUUUGUUUACUGUCCGUUCUACUUUACUUGA